AUAUUUACUUCCGGGUUAGCAUUACAGCACCUGACUGAUAGUGUUUUUGAGUAAUUAGUGUAUAACUUUGUCGUGCAUAUAUACAUUACAUCCAUUGCUUAUAAAUAAAGAUAUUAAAAGAUAAACAGAACUCAAUAUAGUUUAAGAAUCAAUACACAUGGGGCUUUAGAUUUAUAAAUUUAAAAAUUUCAAUGUCAAUAUCAAGUCCCCAAGCUUCUGUGACUGGUGGGGCGACGCCCACUAAUCACACUGCUGACUGGGAGUUCGAUCGUUUUGAUGAUGGCUCGCGCAGUAAGUCGAAUCCUUUUAUAAAACUUUAAUGAUUCAUAUCUAAUUCCUACGCAAUUCUUAAAUUAUAAUGAAUGUUAUAUUCAAUGAACAAGGAAAAAAAACCAACACAAAAUAGUCUACUAAUAAUAAUACUAAUAAUCAAAGUGGCUAUUUGGACCUGGACCUGGGUAUCACUUCUUGAUGUAGUAAACUAAGUCUAUUCAUUAUGGAUAACGACAAUUGUUACAUUUGUAAAAUAAAACCAUUAUCAUUGUUAAAGAUUUUUGCUUAUGAUAAUAAUAUACAAUGACCUAAAGUGCUGAAGAAACCACUAAAAUUUGGGAGCUACAUUAAAAAAUGUUGAGAAACACUGAUUAUAAAUUAUAAUACUGAGGGAAACUAGUUUUUAUUUUUAAAUAGUAAAAAUAUUAUUGUUGGGUUUUUAAGACAAAAUUCGGUAUCAAAUGAAUGAUAAUUGAAUGGACUAUACGUUUGUAAACUUACUUCUUCUGUUUAACUAAAAUAAACUACCACAAAUGAAAUCCGAAUAACAUUUAGUCUAAAGUAAGGGACCCGGGUGAUGAUGAGUGGAAAGUACAGACAAAUAGGGAUGCAAAAUUUACGGAAAAGGGGUCAAAAAUACAAACUGUCCGUACUAAAUACGAUCUGGUGAUCCUAGCUACUUUAGUGGCCCCUGCUCUGGUGACCUGAUCUAGUAGCACCUUUUUCUGAUGGCACUCUGCUUUUGUAUAUACUGGUAUAAACGUUAUGUUAUGAAAUUGAAUUGAGAGCACUCUGUCAAAUUCAUUGUCAGCCCACUUUGAGGGUGUCACUGUCACCCAUUUCGGUUGGCACAUCACUCCCCCCAGUAGCCAUAACAAUAGGCCUAUUAUAAAAGGCAUAGGCCCAUAUUCAUUGUAAUUGCCAAUACUUAUAAGUUAUAUGUGAAAUGCAAACUUAAACUUAAAUUAUUAAGUUUAAGUAGGAUAUAUAAUUAUAUUAAAUAGGGUCUGAUAUAUAUUUAUUAUAUUUAAAACUUUUCACAGACUUAUGUCCUUAUCACAGACUUAGGAAAAUUCCUCAAUUUUUCUAGUACUAGUAUUAUUGACAAUUGAGUAAAUAUUUCAGAAAUUGUUGGCGAGUUACAGCUAAAAAAGUAUGGAAAUUUUCUUGAAGAGUAUGCCACACAAUUGAAAGAAAUUGAAGAUGUUCUGGAUGAAAGCAUUGGGGAUGCUUGGGAUAUGUCACUGGACCCUAUUUCAAUGCAGGUGCGUGUACAGUGAAAUCUACAACACAUUGAGCUACUUCAGUCAUUCUAAUUUAACUAUUUAAUAAGGAAAUAUAAUUGGUCUAAUGGAGUAUCACUUAUAAUGCUUAUAUUAACAUGUAUUCAAAGAUUUGCCGAUGUUGUAUUUGUUACAGCUUUUCAAUAAUUUAAUGAGAUUUUAAAAAAUAAUUAAAUUCUUCCUAACCUACUAUCUGUUUCUGUUAAAAUAGAUUCUAAUGGUUAUUAUGAGACAUUCUGGAUACUGGGUUAUUUUAAGAGUUGCACAUAAUAAUUAAUUUUUAAAAAAACAACUAAUUUUUUAUUAAUACUGUCAUUUUGUUAUCAAUAGUGGUCCAAGCUAAAAAUAAAUUACAGUUAUGGCCUCUGGGAUGAUUACACCACUGUUUUCCUGGAUAUAUUUGCAGCAUAUUUGAUAAAAACACAGGGAAUGUAAACAUUCUGAUGAAACUUAACUAUUAUAAAACAAGACAAUUUGAACAUAAGAUUUUGGAAAUAUUUCUUUUUCUCCAGAUUGUACCUUAUGAACAAACAACUUUGCUUCAGCUGAUUCACACUGACAAUAGGAUCUUGAACAAAGUUUUAACAGUUUUGGCUGCACUAUGUGCGGAAAUUGAUGCACUCAAACACGAGGCAACAACAAAGUUCUAUAAUGCCCUUCUUCUAUAUGGAGAAGGAGGUAUACUUUAAAUCUGAUUGUAUAUUUCACUUCCUUAAUCUACAGGAAUUAUAGAAGUAUAUUUCGCUUUCUUAAUCUAAUUAUAGAAAGAGGUUGGGGGGGGGGGAUUAAUUCCAGUUUAAGCAUUUUAUGGUUGUGUUUAAGUUAACUAAUCAGGUUUUAAUCUAUCCCACACUGGCGUUCCUUGUUAUUUGUUUUGUCAACACUCUGCCAACAAAAAGUUAAGUAGUAAAAGGUUCUGAAAAUAAACUACUGGGUAUCCUCACUUCCGAAAUAUUUCAGCAAUAUUAUUAUAAGUAAAUUAAGUAAGUCAUGCGUACAACAUCAUUGAGACUGGGUGGGUGGAUUUUGUGUGUGUGCGCGCGUGGGGUGGGGGGGAAAUGAUGGUAUAAUAUUAACAACAUUUCACGUUUACUUUUUUUAUGUUGUCAUUAGAGCAUCUUACAAAGCUCUUCUGAUGCAAUAAAGCAACAUUUUUGCAUUAAGUGCUAUCUUUAAUUUCAUUCAUACUAUGCAAUUUUAAAACUAAUUUAUAAAUAAAAAUACAGGUACAAAAUCCAAAUAUAAUAAGAUACCCAGUAUUUCUGAAUAUCUUAUACAUUUAAUGUAAUUAAAUAAACAAUUAUUUCAAUAAUGAAAGUGAAUAUAAUUCAUAUUUUUAUUUUAACUUUUAAAGCUUUUAAAAGUUUUUCCCUAUAAAAAAAAUUAAUCUGUAUUAAUUAAAUACCAUCAGAAGUUGUACAUUUUUAUUUAAACAAAUAAUUCAGUAUUUCAUACCACAGAACCAGAUGAAGGACUUGAGGAAGGGGAGGCUCAGAUACAGAUUGGACGCUUAUUUCCACUUCUUCAGGUACAUGUACCCACUGCCUAAUCUAAUGGAAGGGAAGAAAAUUGUAAAUGCACACUUGUUUCUACCAUGGCAUAUUAUUACUCUGUGAGAACUUGCAAAUAUUCAAUGAAAUAUUUUAAUUUAUUAAAUUUUUUUCAUUUCAGUAAUUUCAACUUACACUAUAAAGUCUAAUAAAUUAUUUCAUUAUUUAAUUUAAUGGUAUUUGUUUUCAGGAGCUCUCCUGCUUUGUGUCCAGAUGUUAUGAGGUUGUUAAAACUGUUAUGAAACAGUUAUCAUGUCUCUAUACAAACAAGUAGGUUCUUGGCUAACCUUGAAGCUUAUUUUAAGUAAAUAAAGUUCUGAAACCAUAUACAGUAUUUUAUUAAGGUUAACUUUUCAUUCAUUUUUUUCCAUAUUUUAGUAUCUAUAUCUUUUGUCAUCAAUGAUUUUAUUUAUUCUGUUUUUUUCUUUACUGCAGAACAACUGGUCCUAAAAUGAUUGAUGUCACAGAAGUACAUUUUCAAGUAAUAAUAUUUAUUUUUGGAUCAAGUUCUCUGUUUCUAGGAUUAGAAUAUUAGAGAAUUUUGUCAAAGCCUAUUAUUCUGAGUAAAUAUAUGCACAUGGAAAGUAUGGUUAUAUUAAGUUAAUCAUUAAAUAACUCCUGGCAGCAGUGCCACUUUCCUACAUAUUUUUAUAUUCCUGAACAAAGGGAAUUAACUCCAUUUUGCCCGUAACAACAUUUUAAAAAUAUUUGUUUAGAUGUUAUAAAUAUGUUAAUUAAUAUUGAUGAAGGAUAUAUGCAUCCCAAAAUGAAUUAUGUUGAAUAAAAAUAUAACAUGAAUGGUGAACAAACAAUGAGCAAUGACCAAAAAAUAAUUUUUUUGGGCUAAGAUGAACAUGUCCUAGCUAAAGAUGCACCGACUAAAGCACAUAUAUAGAUUGACAUUGAAUCUAUAAAAAAAAGUUUUAUAAAAUUGAAAUCAAACAGAAUCAAACCAUCCAUGGAAGGUUUGAGGGACACGAGAUUGUGUUAAUAUUUUAAAAUAAAAAAUGAGAGAGGUGUGUUACUACACGCUGUGACACAUUUUGACUUAACCCUCGGAACCCCCCCAAGCACACAUUAGUAGUCCCAUCCAUCAGGAAUGUAUUUAAAUCAGCUUGGAUAAUUCAUUAAAAAUAAAUAAUGCAGCCCCUAAUCAGUUACUUGGUCUUCAGGUAGAUGCAUCAAAUAGAGAAAAAACUUUUGGCUGUUAAUGUAUAAUCAAAAUAAAAUCUUUAUAAUUUCAUAUAAAACAUUUGGUAAAACAUUUUGGUUGUCAUGUUUUAACCCUUUCAUUACUGCUGGUUUUGGGCAUCGCUUUUUGCUGACUCAGCAAUUAAAAAAACUUAUGGAUGAAACUUGCGGUAUUAUUUCAUUCUCUAUCAUAUCGGAUUCGCCUAUUAACGGCUCUAUAGAUUAACGAAUAAAGAAAUAUAUAGUAUUGAAAUAUGACGUCGAUGUAACGUCCGUGGUAUUUCUGAAAAGUUCUUUGCAUCUUUGUUUUGACGACAAUGUGACAUCUUUGGUAAUUGAAAGUGGCUGAUCUUGACGUUGCGUCGACAUCAUCGGUAAUGAAAAAGUUAAAUUACAAUGAACCACCUUCUUACCACUAUUUUCUAGGCUGUGUUUGAACAUUUGGGAGAACUGCUGACUAUCCUAAUCACUUUGGAUCAUAUCAUCGAGAUGCAUCCAUCACUCAAAGAUCACUGGACAUUAUACAAAAGGCAAGUUCAAUAUCACCAUUGAGAUUUUAUCUCCUACUUUGUUGAUAAGUCAUGCUUAACUAUGCUUUAAUGAAUUAAGCACAUGCAAAACAAUGAUUUGCUGCUAAAGUAAACCUUGCAGUGACAUGGCUAUUUUCAUAGAAAUCUAACCCGGGUAUGUAUGCUGUAUAAUGCAUGUGUGAGGAACAAAAAAAAUAUGUGAAAUUAAUGCAAAUCAGUUAAAAACCCUAUUUUAUGAGUCAUACAAAUAUUAUAGAAUGGUGAAAUCUGUGCACCAUGACCCCGGAAAGUUUGGCAUCCCACAAGACAAAGUCCGACCCUUUGAGAAGCUGUUGAUGAUGCUAGAAGGCAAGCUUUUGGAUGGAAUGAUAUUUCAGGUUGGCUACAUAGCUUUAGAUUUUGGCAACCAAAAACAAACAAAACAAUCCUCUCCAGCUUGUACUUGCAUUCAAUCUAAAAGUUCACUAAUAAACUCAUUAUUGUCAUUAAGGUAGUACUGGUGCAGUGGUUUUUUUUUGGGGUAUAUGAUGGCUGAUGUUUCGGCAAGAAAAAUACUUUAAAUGUUUUGUGUUUAAAUUGUUCUAAUUGUAAAAUAUAGUCUUGAUUAAAAUAUUAAUGUGCAUGCUGAAAAUAAACAUGAGUUUUCCAUUACCUUAGAUCAGUAAAAGAAUCUUAUCAUAUCUUAUUUAUUAAAUUAUUACGUAUUCAAUAUUUCAUAAUUAAACCUUUAUAUUCAAAUGAUGGUGAUGGGCAUCUAAAUGACCUAACAACAAGAACAUUUCGCUGGUCAUGCUUUCUAACGUUAACAUCCCUCCUAAAUGUAUAAGCCACAAUUUGUAAAUUAAAAUAAUGUGUUUAACAAAUUUCUGUCAACUUUUUUGUUUUUUUAUAUAUUAAUUAAGUUUGAUGAAUAGACUCAUAUGAUGAAUUUGGUACCCGGUAGCAAUUUUAAUAUAAUUAGUGAUUAUUUAUGAGUUAAAUAUGCUAGCUCUAGUAAUACAUAUUCCUGUAUAGAAAUGAACUUGAGUGAAUAAAUAUUGUCUUUUUUUUUUAAUAUUGUUAUUGAGUGAAUGUCUUAAAACAUUAUGAAUCACCAUUCAUUACAUUUGGAUGUAAGUUUGUAAAAAAAAGUUUGUGCUACCGGUAUGUGGAUAAAAGAGUUACACCAUAGUUUCAGAUUUAGGAUGUCUGACCAUUUUUUUAAAAAGGAUUCUGUUUAUAUCAUCAAGAAAGCUAAAAAUUUUCUGAAAUAAUUGUUCAAUUUAAUUGUUUGCCAAUUUCAAAUUUGGUGCUUUAGGCAAAAAUUAUUUAUGGUUUCCAACCCUGAUUCUCUGAAUUAUAAUUUUUUUUUUGAUUUGCAAUAUGCUUUUCUAGUACGGUAAUGGUAAUUUCAAACCCUUGACUCCCACAUUUCUGUCACUAACAAUGAAAUUAUAAUUUUUAUAAAUUUAUUUCAUUCAAUUGAUAAUUCUUUUCUGUGACCAGAAUUGUGUGGAACAGCUGUUUGAUGAUGAGAAAGUCAAUGUCUCAAAGAAUGGGACGUUUGCUGAAGAGUAUGCAAUAAAUAUUAGAGACUGGAUGAUGGAAUUGGAUGCAAGAAUUGGUCAGUAUAUGUUAUGGAAAGAGUCUCACAUCUGCCAUAUUGACUUGCAAAAGGUUAACCAUUACAGGCUUAUAGGUAUUAGAUUGGCUUUUAUGAAUUGUUGCUAGCCUUGAUAAAUGAGAAGCAGGAGCAUUUCAGGAAUUAAUGGUGUCUCUGAUGUCACCAUGCCACCUGUAUUACCUUCAGGGUCUUUGUAAGUGGGGGUUUAGGUUAUUUAUUUUAUGUUGAUUUGUGGAGAUCUUCUGGAGUCAGAUGGUUUAGGACAGUGCGUAACAGGGUUGCCCUGUCAUGUAUGAGACAUGACUCACCAUUCAUCAUUCUUUUGAACCAGAAGGAUCUAACCUACUAAUGAAAUAGGCCUGAGCAAGAUAUUUUGGGACUAUUCAAUUUUAUAGUGUCAACUGUUUUUAAUGUAACUGUGAAAAAAAUUAAAUUAUUAAAAUGUUGGUAAGAUAAUUAUGGUUUACUUUUGAAUCGUUUUAUUCCUUUAAAUUUGUCUAUGAAAUUAAAAAAAAAAAAAUAUUAUUAAUUGGAUGAUUCUGGAAGUCUAACACAGUUAUUAAAUUAUUAAAAAUGAUUCCAGUUAUGUCCCUUCAAUCUAAUCAGAAGCGUGGAGGUUAUGGGCCUUGUUCAAAAAAUAUUUUAACAGCCAAGUUAAUUCCCUUUUUUUUAAAAAAUCAAGCCCCCUAUUAAUCCAUAAAUUAGUAAAACAUUUAUACCUACUAGAAGUAAUAACUCCUGUUAGACUAAUUCACAAUGGUAAAUCCUAUUUUGUAUGAAAUAAUUAUUAAAAGACUUUCCAAAUCUAUUCAACUUUCAGGUGAAUCUAAUGAAACUGACCACAGAUACAAAUAUGUUGGAACUAUUGGACUUUUCAUUCUUCAUUUCCAAAUAUUCAGAGCAUUAGAUAAACGUGUUUUUAAAAUUGUUUGGGAUGUUUAUCGCAAGGUCUGUUUCAAUUAUCCUUAUGCUAAUCUUAAAACAUGUACUCUUCAUUUUACAUUUUUGUUUUCUACUUUUCAAAAUUUUUGUUUAUUUGAGAUUUUUCUGAAGGUUAUAAGAAUAAUUCUGUAAGUGAAAAUUUUAUUUACUAAUUCACCUCUAAAGGCUCCUUUAAUUUUUAGGGAAAUAAAUGUAUGCAUUAUUGAAAAUAUUUUUGUUAAAAAUAAGAACUUUUUAAUGUCACCUACCAUAUUUAGCCAUAGUUUUUACCUGCUCUAUGCAAACAUUGUUUUUUUAACAGAUCCCUUGUGUACAUCUGAUUGGUAACGUGGUGUUCUUCCCAAAUGAGUUCAUUCUGAUCCGCCUUCCCAAUGCCCAGCAGCUUCUUGAUCGCAAGUCCCAGCUUGCUGUAACGCAACAGAGUCAAAACUGGCUUACUUCCCGGAACCAGAUGCUUGCAAGGUGGGCAUAUUAAAUAGAUUUAGAAAGUUGAUCACAAAUGUUACAUAGCAUCUAUUCAUUAAAAAGGCAUUCAUUUGGAUUUUGUCAAGUUAGAAAGAUGCUCAAAUGUUGUACAAUAAAAAUCAUAUUUUAGAACUAUCAUUUCAAUUAACUACAAUUAUUUGUAUUUUUAAAAGGGUUUCUUAGGUUUUCCUUUCUAUUGAUGGCACUAUUUCUAAAUAAAAAUCAAUGAAAUAAAACAAUUAAUUAUUAGAUUUAAUAAAAGAUAAUUUAUAUUGGUUUAAUAAUAACUUAUAAUUAAGUUAUUAUCAAGUGAAGUAAAACAAAGUUUACUUGUUUCCUUUGAAUUACAACUAAUGUAACGUACCAUGUUACCAUUGCAGGGAUUUUUUUUAUAUAAUUUUCUUAUUUUUGUGAGCCUUUUUCUAACAUACUCUUUGAAAUACCUCAUAGAAAGAAUUAAGGCAUUAUGAAUCAUAUUAAACAUAAUUAUUCAUAUCAGAUUUCCUUGUACAGUUCUUAUGUUGAUGGCAAAGUUGACAAAAAUAUUAUUUUCUUCUUGUUUUUAUAUACAUACAUUUUUUUAAUGCCCACAAAACAAUCUUGCAUGGAAUUUUAGACAGAGGUAAUGUUCCUUGAAAUAUUAAUAUUUUUAGACUGAUAAUUCGGAUUAAUUUCUUUUGUAUUCAUUGCUUGUUUUUUGUAAACUUUACUUUAUUUCUCACCGAAGUAGAUAGAACUUAAAUGUACUUAACCUUUAUUAUUUAUUAUAUAUUUAUUAUUUUUAGCUUCUUUAUUGAAUCUCUUUGAAAUCUUGUUUGGAACUGUAUUUUAGUCCCAAAGUAAAGGCUUUUUUUUUGGUCUUUUUAGAAGCACCAAUUUGUAUGUAUCAUUAGUGGGUGGCUAUUCAAUAGUUAUUAAAAAAAGUUCUGUGGGUUUUUUAAACUUCAAUGACCCUCUUGUUCUUUUCAAAAACUAGUUUUAUAGUUUAUAGUUAAAAUUAAACUUCAUAUUAAAUAUAUAAUUAACACAAAAGAAAUUUCAUCUACCCCCAUGACAUAAAUUGUAUGAGUUUAAAUGAAAGCAAUCUUGUAUGUAUUAGUUAUAUUAGCUAUAUAAAUAUACGGUUAAAAUUUUAAAAAUCCUACUAUAGAUUGAUUUAGGAUCUAUUAAUAUGUUAAUAAUACCUAUUUCUUAUUAGCAACUUUAACCUCUUCGUUAUACUUUAUAACCACCUUAAAUACUGUAAAUUUUAGGGCUAUAAAUAAAAACUACUUUCACUCAGUAUUAUAAUCAGUGUUUCUCAACAUUUUUCAAUGUAGCUCCCAAAUUUUAUUGGUUUCUUCAGCACUUUAGGUCAUUGUAUAUUAUUAUCAAAAGCAAAAAUCUUUAACAAUGAUAAUGGUUUUAUUUUACAAAUGUAACAAUUGUCGUUAUCCAUAAUGAUUGGUUUCCUGCAUCAAAUUCUUUUACACAUGCAUUCAUUAUAAUCACACCCAACUGCAUGGUAGUCCCUUUUUCAUUAGCAAUGUAAACUUUAAUCUAGAGCAUAAAAAUCAGGGUGUACAAUGAACCAAACACAUGUACAGCACAAGUUGCUUCAAGAAGGAGAAUAAUGUACAACCUUCUCCCAUAUGCUCUCAAACAAACUGCCAAGUGAAUAGCAGUAAACAAAAGACAGACAUAAUCUCUAAAUCACAUCUAAAAUAAAAUCAUAUGCCUAAUGGCCCCAAAAGCAUUAUUAACUAAACUUACACACACACUCAGCACAAUAAAACACAAUAUUCGGUGCGCAACAAAUACCAGUGCUGACCUACUGACCAAAAUAUAAUUGACAAGGAAUAAGUGACCUUCCAUUGCAAAGUGAUUUGUGCUUCAUAUUGUCAUAAGAGACAUAGCUUAACCAUGACAUAGUUUUAUUGUGUAGUGGGACAUUUGCCAUCUUAUAAUCCUCAUUUUCCCCAUCAAGUAGUCGAGUUUGAAACCCUUCAUUUUAUGAGUUACUUGUAUCAGUCACUUUUUGAUGGUUUGGUUGGUUGUUAAAACUGCAACGGAAAUCUGCAGUAUCGUCAAAGCAAAUUUUUUGUUUUCAACUGUUGGAGGGGAAAAAAAGUAAGAAAAAAGGAGGGUGUCUGAAAAUGAAAUGGAUCCAACAUUUGGGGAUAUGGAAGAAAUUUGUAAUUUUUUAAUGUGACAUAGAUGGUUCCUAAAAGAAAUAGUAUAUUUCACAUCUUGAUUAAAAGAUAAUUAAUUUAGGAAUGCACUUUUUUAUUUCAUUAAUCUCUUAAUCUUAGCACACAAAUAUUGCUACUUGUAACUUUUUUUUGGGUGUAAUUGUGACAACAGUCAAUUAAAGCUUUAAAUAAUGGGAUAUACAGGCAGUCCCUGGUUUAAAAAAAGUCCAUUCUUGUUUCUCAGGAAGUCUAUGAUUCCAAAUAUGAGUGUUAAGACUUAGACUAUGGAUAAUUAACGACUAAAAUAAUUGGCACUUAGGACUUGACGUAGUAUAUAUUAUUCCAGUAUAAGAAUAAAACAUCAAAGAAAAUACAUUCUUUGAAAAGUGAAAUUGGUCAACCUUAUCUCUUACCCCCCCCCCCCCCCUUGAAGUAUUUUUUUUAGACUAAAACAUUUUAAAAUCAUACCAGUUGGUUUGUAACUUGGAUUGUUCUUAAGUCAAAUUUUCAUAACCUAGGGACUGCAUGUAGUUUGUUCAAUGUUUCUUCUUUAAUGCCUGACUAACUUGUGUAUCAGUAGCUUUCAUUUUAAUUUUAUUUUUUGACAUUGUAUUUUUAUUUUCUCAGUUCAUUAAAGACAUUUUUUUGGAGAUAUAGUUUUUAAAUUAUCAAAAGUUAUAAAUAAAUUGGACACCAUUAAUAUGUUCUUUAAAAAAAAAAAUUGUUUUUCUCAUCUGGUCUAAAAGUGAAAUAUUCAUGUCACUAAAUUGAUUUUCAUCACUUCAAUUUAACUAUGGAAUUCAACCUUUCUCAUUCAGAUUUUAUGUUGUAUGUGAAAUUCAUUCUUUUGCUGCAUCUUAAAAUAACUUUUAAGUGUUGUGAAAAAUCGAAUUAUGAAACUUUUAUUUGAUAAUUUUGUAGAUUUUGAACUAAAAAUUUUUAACUUGACAUUUUUUUUUGAAUAGUUUUUUUAGCCUUAAGGCCAAAUACAAAAUUAUGAAUUUUAUUUAUACAUUAAUGAAAUGAAAUUAUUUUUAUUAAAAAUGUUCUCUCUGUCACUCAGGGACAUACAAAUGUACAGUACAGCUGUGGCAGCUUGGAUGGUUCGUAUGGAAUCUUCACUUGAAAGGGGCAGCACUCUAAUGGAAGAUUUAAACAACCGAUGUGUGCUUUUCAUUCAGGUAUUGUUGAGGAGAAUCUUUGAAUGGUUUCGUUAGUGUUUGUCAUACCUCUUUGAGGUUUUGUUUAAAUGUUUAAAUUGAUCAAGAUAUAAAUAUAACUUAACUAGUGACAUUUGAUGGAAAAGCAACUUACUUUUAAGACACAUUAAUCUUUGGGAUCCUGUUAUGAAAGUCAAACAUGGAUACAAAACAACAAAAUGCACUGCUUCUUCACAAUUUUAAUAUUAACUUUUCAUUGUAAUAUUUUUAAAAUGAGAAAUAGGAAAUAAUUUGUUUGAAUUGUGUUUAACCAAAAAAAGAUACACCAAAAUAUAAACAUGGCCUAUAUUAAUCAUUACAUAAGCUGACCUACAAAUGAAACCUCAAUUGACCUAUAAACAUUGCCAAGAAAUUUAUUUAAUUAUAAGAAUUAUUAGUCUUUCAGGAUUCGGUCUGCUUGUACAGUAUUACACAAUAUUCCAAUUACAUUAGGGAGACAGAAUAGGAAAAUAAGAAAGUAAUAGAGUUGAAAAUGUGACUUUCAGGGACUGCUCCACGCCUAUAACAUCAGUCACCUGGUCAGGACAGUGAUGAACCUUCAAGUUUCUCUUAGCAAACCAAUGAGCAAAGCUGCUGUGCUCUCCUUGUGUCGACUAGUGGAGUUACUUAAAGUGAGUUCUUUCAAUUGGAGCAUAAGAUUGUGUUGGAAAAUAUUUUUUAGCAAUAAAAACAAAACCUGAAUUACUAUGUGGUUAAUUGAACCAAUUCAAAAUAUUCUUAAAUUUUAAGUAAUUUAUUUCAUUUUUUUGGGUCUUUGUUCAAGGCCAUUGAGUUCACAUUCCACCGACGGACAAUGCUGGUGUCUGAAUCAAUCAACCAUAUCAUACAACAUCUCAGCUUUAAGGCGUUGAACGCCAUUGGUACAGCCAAGGUAAUUAACAUGAUUUUCUUGUUCUCCCUUGUUUAUUCUCUGUAUCGUUUGAAAAGAUUUAGGAUAAUUUUCUUCUUACAACUCAUUAUCCGAAACUAAGCUAUAGUGUUACAUAGAUUAUUAAUUGUGAAGUGGAUGGCUGAUAUAGCACAUUAUGAUAGUUUUAUUGGUAUUCUCUCGUUUAGUGCAUUCUCCAGGAAAAUGCCUAUUUUAGACAUAUAAGUAAUUGUUUUAAAAUGACAUUCAGAUAAGUGGGGAAUGUUGUUAUUGCUUUUCUUGUUGUCUAGAAACGUAUCAUGUCAGACAAACGUUACAGUGAGAGGAGGUUGGAUGUGUUAUCUGCUCUUGUCCUGGCCGAGUCUGCCCUCAAUGGCCCAGGUCAGUGUUACCUUUGGUUAAGCUAUUAUCUUUGCGAGGUUGUAUUUGGUUGUUAUAGGUACUACAAUUUAAAGUAAAUAUGAUUGUUGAUUUUAUUUACAAAAAUGUCAUGCCUACAAAUAAUUGUUUAAUUUUUUUUAAAAGCACCAUAUUGUUUGGAGAUUGCUUUGUGCUAGGUUUUCAAUGUUUUUAUUGCAAACAAGUAACAUAAACGUAUAUAUAUAUAUACGUAAAUACAAGUUCUCAAUCAGGUGUUGACUUUCUGCUUGCGUCUGGAAUACGGAUCAUAAACACACACACUCCCUCCAGUCUCUCUGCGCAUGCGCACUGUUUCCUUGGCUGGCUAUCGGUACGGGCCAUUCCGCUAGUCCACCAUAACACUUUGAUUGUGUGUUAGGUUCCAAGUUUAAAUUUUUAAUAUUGUUUUUUUCCAUUAUCCAGGGCUCAAUCCUGUGUGAUGUUAAGUAUUUAAAUUGUUACAGUUAAAAUGCUUUUCAAUUUCUGUCUGUCAGGAACCAAAGAGAGGCGUCUCAUUGUUAAGUUAGCCAUGGCUGUGGGAACAAAAAUGGUUUGUAAACAAUUUGAUUUUUGAUGUGCUUUUACUUACAGUAAAAUAUGGGUUUUUCUAAUAGAGCUGCUUUACAGUAUGCCCUUUGGGUAAAGGAGAGGGUAGCAAUGGGAACAAAGAGCUUUGAUUAGCUCAGUCUGGCACCUUCUUGCUUUUGUAGAUGAGAUACAUAGGUUGGAAAAAAAAACAUAAAAAAAAUAUAUGGCCAUUUUUCAUUAUCAUGAACAAUCUGACACAAUUUUAAUAAUAAACGUGUUGAUUUUACAACUAAACUAAUUAACAAAUUUGAGCUAACUGUAAUGCAAAUAUGAAUAUAUAUAAGUUGGGGUUGUUAAGGUCUGUUUUUUGUAUGUGUGUGUAUUGAAAAAUCUGUUUCUUGUGUGUUUAUGUUGAGAUCUGUUUGUUUUGUGUGUGUUGAGAUCUGCUGUUGUGUUUGUUAAUAUUUAAUGUUGUUAAGUGUUUCUGAUGGAUUCAUGUCACUGGCAUUGGAAGACAAUAACAAAACAUAGUCCUCUUGAGGCUAACACAGUAGUCCUCUUGAGGCUAACACAGUAGUCCUCUUGAGGCUAACACAGUAGUCCUCUUGAGGCUAACACAGUAGUCUAACACAGUUGUCCUCUUGAGGCUAACACAGUAGUCCUCUUGAGGCUAACACAGUAGUCCUCUUGAGGCUAACACAGUAGUCCUUUUGAGGCUAACACAGCUCAUUACCAUCACAUCUCAAAUAUAAUCACUUGAAAGAAGCUGUCCUUGAAUACAGCCCAUUGACAUCACAUCACAAAUAUCAUCACUUUAACAAAGCUGUGCUUGAAUACAGCUCAUUGCUCUCAUUUCACAAAUAUCACUUGAAGGAAGCUGUGCUUGAAUACAGCUCAUAACUCUCAUAUCACAAAUAUGAUCACUUUUAGGAAGCUGUGGUUGAAUACAGCUCAUUACUCUCAUUUCACAAAUAUCACUUGAAGGAAGCUGUGCUUGAAUACAGCUCAUUACUCUCAUAUCACAAAUAUCACUUGAAGGAAGCUGUGCUUGAAUACAGCUCAUUACUCUCAUAUCACAAAUAUCACUUGAAGGAAGCUGUGCUUGAAUACAGCUCAUUACUCUCAUAUCACAAAUAUCACUUGAAGGAAGCUGUGCUUGAAUACAGCUCAUUACUCUCAUAUCACAAAUAUCACUUGAAGGAAGCUGUGCUUGAAUACAGCUCAUUACUCUCAUAUCACAAAUAUCACUUGAAGGAAGCUGUGCUUGAAUACAGCUCAUUACUCUCAUAUCACAAAUAUCACUUGAAGGAAGCUGUGCUUGAAUACAGCUCAUUACUCUCAUAUCACAAAUAUCACUUGAAGGAAGCUGUGCUUGAUAACAAACUUUAAGAUGAAAACAUGUGCAUAUCUGUUAUGUUUUCUUAAAGUUUUCUCUGGUUAUCUCUAUAAAACGAAUACUUUUUUAUAAAUAACUCGGCGCUUUCAUCCAACUUGUAAAUCCAAACUGAUGAUUCACAUUGCACAUCAUUCACAAUAAAAGGAACAGUACAUUCACACCAAAAGGAACAGUACAUUCACCACAAAAGGAACAAUACAUUCACAACAAAAGGAACAGUACAUUCAUCACACUCCCUGAUACUCUAAAUCAUUGAUGGGAUGUAGGUUCACCACACUCCCUGAUACUCUACUACAUUCAUGGGAUGUUAUCACCUUUACAGCUUUGGUUUUCUUUGCAUAGUAAGCAAAAAGGAAAAAAAAAAAUGUUUAUGUUUGGUACUUAGAUGUUAAGUUAGUGUAAUCAGACUUCUUUACUUGUCAUCAGACUUCUUUACUUGUCAUCAGACUUCUUGACUUGUCAUCAGACUUCUUUACUUGUCAUCAGACUUCUUUACUUGUCAUCAGACUUCUUGACUUGUCAUCAGACUUCUUUACUUGUCAUCAGACUUCUUUACUUGUCAUCAGUCUUCUUUACUUGUCAUCAGACUUCUUUAUUUGUCAUCAGACUUCUUUACUUAUCAUCACACUUAUUUGUUUGUCAUCAGACUUCUUGACUUGUCAGACUUCUUGACUUGUCAUCAGACCUCUUUAUUUGUCAUCAGACCUCUUUACUUGUCAUCAGACUUCCUCACUUGUCAUCAGACUUCUUUACUUGUCAUCAGACCUCUUUACUUGUCAUCAGACCUCUUUACUUGUCAUCAGACUUCUUUACUUGUCAUCAGACCUCUUUAUUUGUCAUCAGACUUCUUUACUUGUCAUCAGACUUCUUUACUUAUCAUCAGAUUUCUUUACUUGUCAUUAGACUUCUUUAUUUGUCAUUAAACUUCUUUACUUGUCAUUAAACUUCUUUACUUGUCAUUAAGCUUCUUUACUUGUCAUUAAACUUCUUUACUUGUCAUUAAAUUUCUUUACUUGUCAUUAAACUUCUUUACUUGUCAUUAAACUUCUUUACUUGUCAUUAGACUUCUUUACUUGUCAUUACACUUCUUUACUUGUCAUCAGACUUCUUUACUUGUCAUUAGACUUCUUUACUUGUCAUUAAACUUCUUUACUUGUCACCAGACUUCUUUACUUGUCAUUAAACUUCUUUACUUGUCAUUAGACUUCUUUACUUGUCAUCAGACUUCUUUACUUGUCAUUAAACUUCUUUACUUGUCAUUAAACUUCUUUACUUGUCAUUAGACUUCUUUACUUGUCAUCAGACUUCUUUACUUGUCAUUAAACUUCUUUACUUGUCAUCAGACUUCUUUACUUGUCAUCAGACUUUUUUACUUGUCAUUAAACUUCUUUACUUGUCAUCAGACUUCUUUAUUGUCUUAUAAUGAAUUUUUUAAAUAUCCAAUCCUGUCAUCAGAGAGCUUUCAAAGAAGAUGAACUUCAGAGCCUGGACGACACCUUGAAACGACUGGACAUUAUCAGUGAGCUCAGAGUGAAGUAAGUCUAGGAAUGCGUUUGAGUUAUUUGUUUCCUGGAGUAAGAAUUUGAUUUGAGGAGAACUGACCAAUGUGUAGUCUAUUCAUGGAUUUGAAAUGAAUGUUAUUUUAAUCUCCUUUCAGAGUAAGAGAGGCUUGUGACUGCAGCUUCAUCUACUGGCACAGAGUUAUCUUUCCCUUGUAUCUGGAUGACCUAUGUGAAACUGUGACAGACACUCACCGAGUGCAUGUAAGCACAACACAAUGACACAUAUGGUCGUUAUGUAUAAUACCUAGUAUAAGUGGAAAAGAUCCUAACAGCUUAUAAGAACAAAUAUCAGAUACCCUAUUAGAUAAUAAACUUUUAUUUUACUGAACGUAUGGCUUCCUAUUAAUAUUGUUGUGCUUAACAAGCUACUCCUUAAUAACUAUCAGAUGUCAGAAUAUGUAAAUGUUCUCUUUAAAUCAACUAUUUCCACUGUCCUGAACAGACAUACCAAGAUGGGUCAGGAAAAAAUACCCCCACCCCCCAUGUUUUUGAUAUGACAUUGGUCCAACUUGUCUGGUUUCAUGUGGAACUUCUCAUCCCUCCAGUACAUGUUUGCUGCCUUGCGUGACUGUGUCCCUCAGAUGGGGGUUGUCAAACACUUGGAGACCAGCCUGAAAUUAAAGGAAGCUUUUGACAGGGAGAUCACCAAGAAUGUUACAGAGGUGAGUACAUUCCCUUGUCACCCAGCAGUACAACACAUUUAUGUCAGUGAGGGAACAUGAGACACAAUGCAAUGAUUGAUCUUGAUUUCAGACCAGAGGACACCCUGGAUCAUAAAACAAGAUGUGACACAUUACGUAACAUAAUUUAUUUUCAGUGUAACUAAAGUACAUGUGGUCCAGUACCAUAUUUUCUUUUAGAAAUAUAAUAAAUGUGGAUUAGUGUUGUAGGUGAGAUAUGUGAAUAUAAUAAAUAUGGAUUAGUGUUGUGGGUGAGAUAUUGGAAUGUAAUAAAUGUGGAUUAGUGUUGUAGGUGAGAUAUUGGAAUGUAAUAAAUGUGGAUUAGUGUUGUAGGUGAGAUAUAGGAAUGUAACAAAUGUGGAUUAGUGUUGUAGGUGAGAUACUGAAACCAUUGUUUACAAUCAGAACUCUUUUUUUAUUUUCAACUCAAGGAAAAAAUUCAUGUUACUUGUUCAUCAUUGUUUUAUAACUUCUUAUUGCCUACUGUUUAAUCAUUGUUGUAUAACGUGUCAUUUCCUACUGGUUCAUCAUUAUUGUAUAACUUGUUAUUGCCUACUGGUUCAUCAUUGUUGUAUAAAUUGUCAUUGCCUACUGGUUCAUCAGUGUUGUAUAACUUAUUAUUGCCUACUGGUUAUCAUUGUUGUAUAACUUAUUUCCUACUGGUUAUCAUUGUUGUAUAACUUGUUGCCUACUGACAUUUUCAGCACUUGCUAGAACCCCUGUGUCGGUCCAUCGAGACAGAUCUCCGUCUUCACAUUCACCUCCAUCUGCAGCUUGAUGAUCGCAAUCCAUUCAAGGUCGGCCUGCGUGAUCUUUCACAUCUGCUCAAAGUCAAGCCCAUCAGGUUCUUUGACCGUACCAUUGACAUGAAAAGUAUGUUCAACAUUCUUAAAUCAUGGUCAACUUUAAGUGCCAAUAAUUAUGUGAAAAAAAAGAGAAAGUGUUUAACACACUCUCAAGCACUAGAAAUCAGUGUUUCUUUCAGACAUGUUCCUCCGGUGGGGCAGUUCAGAUUUUUGGGUGGGGGGGGCAAUGCCAGUGGCCUGAGGUGUAGCUAGGGGGAGGCAGAGAGGACAGAAUUCCAUGGGCACUAGACUAGCAGGGGCAACAAAAUGAGUUUUGAUAGUAUUUAGUUGAUGAAGAUAAUGGGUUUCAGAAAUGAAGCGGUUGGGGGAAGGGGGCGGGGGGGUGUGGUGAGAAUGAAUCUUGUCCCCUUGCGCCAAACACUCUAGCUACACCUCUGCCAGUGGCAUAGAAAGGGGUGCGGAUCAUUUUGUCCAGCUAGGUGUCAUUUUGUCUUUACAUGGAGGAAAUUCAUUCUCGAACAUCUCCAGAGUUUUUAUAAUGAAAGAGAGAGCGACAAAAAUCUUGGCCCUAAUACUAGCUACACCACUAGAUAGAGUAUCUAUCGGCACCAAAAGUGGCAAUAGUAUUUAUCAGGGAUUGGGGCAAAAAUGAGGGCACCGAUGGCUCUUGAGCAGAAAAGGGGGGAGGGGGUAUGGUUUUGAAUAUUUCAAAAUCAAAGAGGUGAAUUUCGGAGUAUACCUGAAAUCAGUGUCUCUAUUAGACUAUUUGAUCGGGGAAUUGAAUUUUUCAAGGGUACAGGUGAGGCACUAUUGCGUCCAAUACUAUACAUCAACUGGAUUUACUCCGGUUGUGUCACGCCCCAUGGUAAUCAACUGGCACAAGCCUAGAUUCACUCUCGUGCUGUCAUUUUGAUUUGCUUUGAAGGAACGAGGGAGCAGAAAUUUUGUGUGCUGAAAACUCUCAAGCAAAAUUGGGGACAGGGGUCACCACAGAAAAAUUUUGAUUAAUUCAAAAUGCCGUGGUGUAUUUUGGUGCACAUUCGAAGUUGGUGUUUCUUUCAAACAAUUUGGAAGGGGUCAUUUAGAAAUCCUGGUGGGAAGCACCAGAAUUAGUUUUAAUAAAGAUCAGGAACAUGACUAACUGUGCCCCAGCCCAACAUGACCUAGAUUCAUUCCAGUUGAUGCCCUGGAGGGUAGACUAGCUUAGUGCUGCCCCUUCAAUCUUUAAAGUUCGUAGAAAAUUUUUUAUAAAUUUAAAAUGCAAAAGUGGAUUUUAGCAGAUAUAUAAAUUGGUUUUGCAUCAUUCUACACUUAAUCUGAGAGACAUGGGAGAGAUGCUAGUUAAAAAUUUAGGUUUCAUUUUACAUCAGAGCCAUCGUAUGAGCCCAGCAACCCUUGUGGCUGCAAGGGGGCCUCCGAUAUUUUAGGGGCUUAAAGUUGUCCUUUGGACACUUUUUAAAUUAUCAAAUUUGAAUGUAAAGUGGUGAAAGGACAAAAUUGAAAAGUGGUAGGGGGUCUCGGAAAGUCAAGUGACUGCUCUGCUUGACCAAGUUAUGUAAAUACAAAUAUUUUUUUUGAAUAACUAAAUAACACUGUGGUUUUAUCUAAUAUUAAAACUAAUUUUGGGUACUUUACUUCAUUACAAAAUGAUUUAUUUUUACUUCCAAAAAAGAUUCCCAUCACAAAAAACACUGCCAGCAUUUUUAAAAUGUUGAAAGCAAUGAAAUAUAUAUAUAUAAAUAUAUAUAUAUAUAUAUAUAUAUAUAUAUAUAUAAUAUAUAUAUAUAUAUAUAUAUACAUAAUACAUACAUUUUUCAAAUGUCCAAGUUUUACAUUAGUCAAAAAGAAAAAAUAGUGUUUUGUAGAAAAGUCUAGAUCUAUAAAUUUUAAUGAUUUUCAAAUCUAGUUAUUUUUAUGAAUCGUUAUGAAAUGCAUUAUGUUAAAAGACAUGAGACGUUUUAGUAAAAAAACAUCAUAUAUUUAUUAAUGUAUGAAUGUAUCCGUAAUUGUACAAAAAUAAAGUAUACAUUUCUCAAUAUUCAGUUGAUUAAAAUGUUUAUUUAAAAUUUCAAACAACUAAAGCUUUCUUCAGAUAAAUUUUAAAUUGCCUUUUCGAUAUACUUAAACACAUUUUUUAACUCAUCCAUAGAAUUUAAUCUUAAAUUUACGAUUCGGAAAAAAUAUUUUUUUCUAAAAGUAGAACAUAAAAUGGAAUUGGCAUUAUAGUCGAAAUAGUAAUUAUUGACCUUCAUAUUAAUGAGAAGGUAGUUUAAUACACUGUUAUUAAAGUCUUUAAGUUUGUUAUGAUGCAAAAAAUAAAUUUUUAAAAAUAACGAUGAAUGCCAACAAUAGGAAGUAAGACUUUGGCUGAUAAUCAGGAACGGCCAAUUUUUGAAACAGUAAGAUAUUUAUAAUCGAAUAGUGUAAGCAUCUAACAAGAUUAGCCUUAAAUAGAUGAAACAUCAAAUAUAUUGAGCAUAGCAAUAUUUCAAUGGUUCCACCAAUUGUAAUUGCUUAAAUGCCCCAGUUAAUGAUCUUAAAUGCCCCAGUUAAUGAUCUUAAAGUUACUGAAUGUUUUAGUGGUGCACUGAAUCAAUGUUUGAAAUAAUUGAAUGUUUCAGUUACUGAAUGUUUUAGUGGUGCACUGAAUCAAUGUUUGAAAUAAUUGAAUGUUUCAGUUACCGAAGAAUUGCUCAGAGUUGAACCUCUAUUAUUUAUAGUUAGCAUUUUCCCUUUUUGUUGACAUUACUUUCCCAGGUCAUGUGGAACAUUAUCUAAACAAAACCUUCUACAAUCUAACGACGGUUGCUUUACAUGAUUGGAAGACCUAUGGAGAGAUGAAGAACAUGGCAGAGCAAAAGUAUGGCCUGACCCUGAUGGAGUCGCACCUUCCCAGUCAGACCUUAGAACAGGUGAGUGAGCUCGUAUUUUAAACAAAUUCUGAAAUGGGAGAAAUUAACAAUGGGAGGAAAUGAAAACAUUUAAAUUAUUUAUAUUUUGGCCCUUUUAAAAUUUUUUUUUACCAUAAUGUAAAUUUUAAAAAAUUCUGUGGUAGUUAAUAAUGGUUAAUGUCCUCCAUAAAAUUUAGAGAUAAUAUGAGUGGAUCUUUUUAAAAUAUUUCAGCCAACAGAAUGAAUUAUUUGUACAAAAACACGUAAAAAUCAUUCACAGACAUGAAGUGUAAAGAUAGAUUCUUAUGAAAAUAUUUGCUUGCUUCAUAUUGUCUAAAUACACAGUGCAUUCAAGCAUGUGUAAUGAUUCACAUAUGUUUUAAUUGUAGUAUUUCCUUUAUUCACUUUUAACCCCAGGGUUUGGAUGUUUUGGAGAUCAUGAGAAACAUUCAUGUUUUUGUGGCGAAAUUUCUCUACAACCUCAACAAUCAGGUAAAUCAAACAUUGGUAAUUGACAACCUCACCAAUCAGGUAAAUCAAACAUUGGUAACUGACAACCUCACCAAUCAGGUAAAUCAAACAUUGGUAACUGACAACCUCACCAAUCAGGUAAAUCAAACAUUGGUAACUGACAACCUCAACAAGCAGGUAAAUCAAACAUUGGUAACUGACAACCUCACCAAUCAGGUAAAUCAAACAUUGGUAACUGACAACCUCAGAAAUCAGGUAAAUCAAACAUUGGUAACUGACAACCUCACCAAUCAGGUAAAUCAAACAUUGGUAACUGACAACCUAAACAAUCAGGUAAAUCAAACAUUGGUAACUGACAACCUCAGCAAUCAGGUAAAUCAAACAUUGGUAACUGACAACCUCAUCAAGCAGGUAAAUCAAACAUUGGUAACUGACAACCUCACCAAUCAGGUAAAUCAAACAUUGGUAACUGACAACCUCAGCAAUCAGUUAAAUCAAACAUUGGUAACUGACAACCUCAGCAAUCAGUUAAAUCAAACAUUGGUAACUGACAACCUCAGCAAUCAGUUAAAUCAAACAUUGGUAACUGACAACCUCAGCAAUCAGUUAAAUCAAACAUUGGUAACUGACAACCUCAGCAAUCAGUUAAAUCAAACAUUGGUAACUGACAACCUCAGCAAUCAGUUAAAUCAAACAUUGGUAACUGACAACCUCAGCAAUCAGUUAAAUCAAACAUUGGUUACCCCAUUAAAUACAGAGCAUAGAAAAUCUCCUUUAAUUCAGAAAGGUAAAGUGAGCUCAUCAUUAGAGUUAUACUCAAAUAAAAACUGAUCUUGAUGCUAAAUUAAACUCUUUUACUUUUUAAAGAUCAAAUUCUAUAGACUAAUCAUUUUGAUAUAAGAUAUUUGAUGAAAAUGCCCCAAACUUUAUUUUACACAAAUUUUAAUUUUUUUUGUUUUGGACCUCAUUAAAACAAAAAUAAAUCUAGGCACAUGCAUCAAGAUAUAAAGUUUAAACUUGUGAAGACUGCCUCCCCUCCCCCUUUCAAAUAGAAUGUUGCCCUCAGUUUGGAAACAGCUGAUGUAAUCUAUGCAUAUUUUACAUGUUUUCAACUCAUGUGUUUUAGAUCUUUGUUGAGAGGACCAGCAACAACAAGCACUUGAACACCAUCAACAUCAGGCACAUCGCCAACUCUAUCAGGACUCAUGGCAUUGGUAUCAUGAAUACAACAGUAGGUCCCAUUUAUAGAGGAUGUUAUCAAAGUAGAUCUUUGAUAAAAAUCUGUAUAGGUCUAUGGAUCUGAAUGUUUUCUCUCUCAGAUCUAAUGAAAGCCACUUAUUUUUUUCUCCACAAGUUAGUGGAAGUCAGUUGUGUUUUCUUUAUCUGGUUAUAGACAGCAAGAACAGCUCAUUUUGUUAAAAUUAAUCAUUUUGCAUGUUACAAAGCUGGCACAGUACCACUUUUUUCUGCAGGCUAUUUAUGACCUGGUCAACUCUGGGCCACUUAUAGAAGUCUAUCAGUUUUUAUUCUUUGUAUCUGUCUGUCAACAUAUAUUUGGAUUGCAGAAUAUCUUCUGUUUGAAGUUAAGAUGGAAGCUCAAUACAGGUUUUUUGGUAGAUUAUAUUUUUCCCACUAGCCUUGAGAUCAGUAUGUCCUCUAACUGCUGUCUCAAAUCAAAAAGCAUUCCUUGCACAACCACACGUGGGAAUGUGCCUGUUACUUGCACAACCACGCGUGGGAAUAUGCCCAUUGCUUAUUGAGCAAAUUUUCACAGCAUGGACAUUAAGUUAAGCACUUAUUGAUUUAGCUGGGACAAAAAUUCCAAUAAUUUUUCAUUAAAUAUUUAAACAAGAAGCUGAAUCUUCUUUAUGCUAAGAGGUCGACAAGUGCUUAAAUACUUUUUUCUCCACAGAUUUUAAAUUCUUACUAUUUUGUUGAUUAUGAAUUUGUAAAUUUAAAAAAAGCAAUAUAAUAAUUUAACUUUAACUAGCUUUUCUGACCUACAGGCUGUUGAUUGCUGACCCCUGGUCUAUAGAAUUUGUUAACUAAGACACAUUUUUAUUGAUUUGUUUCAGGUGAACUUUACAUUCCAGUUCCUGAGGAAAAAAUUUUACAUCUUCUCUCAGUUCAUGUAUGAUGAGCACAUCAAGUCUCGGCUCAUCAAGGACUGGAAGUUUUUCAGGGAGAAUCACCUCGAGACAGAUCAGAAGGUGAGUUUAGAGUGAACUCCUUGACACAAUCCUUAUGUGAAAUUAUUUUAUUUUGACUCAUUUGAGUUCAUGUCAAAUUUGUUAAAAUGUUUAUGAAUUUAAUGAAUUUUUGUUAAAUGCUGGUAUUUAUAUUUUAUAAUUAAUGUAUUAUUACUUUUAAGUUUGUGACCAACUUGCAUUUACAGGCAACUUAAUGUUAUGUGGCACUAACAGGCAACUAAAUGUUAUGUGGCACUUACAGGCAACUUAAUAUUAUGUGGCUCUUACAGGCAACUUAAUGUUAUGUGGCACUUACAGGCAACUUAAUGUUAUGUGGCCCUUACAGGCAACUUAAUGCUAUGUGGCACUAACAGGCAACUUAAUGUUAUGUGAUUCUUUUUUGUUACAGUAUCCCUUUGACAGAGGAGAUAAAUUUAACAAAGGAAUCAGAAAACUGGGGCUUACACCAGACGGGGACAGUUACUUGGAUCAGUUUAGGACCCUGGUCACACAAAUUGGUAAAGCAUAAAGUCUUUAAAUAAGUCUGUAAUAAUAGUCUGUAUUGAUAGUGUGUAUUGUAUUGAUAGUCUGUAUUGAUGGUCUGUAUUUUAUUGAUAGUCUGUAUUUUAUUGAUGUCUGUAUUCUGCAUUGAUAGUCUGUAUUUUAUUGAUAGUCUGUAUUUAUAUCAAUAAAAGUCUUUGUGCUAGGAAAAGUUCUACAUAUUAGUAUGAGAAUUUUAUUACCCACAGUUGGUUUUAUAGUCCUCUAUUUUGAUAAUUGGUUUAUUCUUUCAUGUGUGUCAAGGUAAUGCAAUGGGCUACAUCCGAAUGAUUCGAUCAGGUGGUCUCCACUGCUGCAGCAAUGCCAUUCGCUUCAUUCCAGACCUGGAGGACAUUGUGGUUUUUGAAGACACCUGCAAGGAGGAAGGACUUUCACCUGAAACUCAGGCGGCUGCAAAGUAAGUUUGUAAUGGCUGACAGGUGCGGUAGUAAAGCUGUAUUGAUGCCCUUGAAGACCUGCAUUAAAAACAAUUCUGUCAUCCUCAGAAAUUUGGACAAUGUAAUCAACAAUUUGGCAAAGAACUUUGCUGAAGGCACUGAAUAUUUCAAGGCAAGUAUCUUCUAUUUAAUUUUUUUUCAAUUCAUUUCCUUUUGAAUUUUGGCAGAUAAUAAGUUAAAAUGAAAUUUCAGGAUUGAGGAGCUGCAUGGAACAAAGAAAUAAGCAUAUAGUCCAUCAUCUGACUUAAUCAAUACAGUCCUUUAGCUGACUUAAUCAAUACAUUAAUCAAUACAGUCCUUCAUCUGACUUAAUCAAUACAGACCUUUAUCUGACUAAAUCAAUACAGUCCUUUAUCUGACUAAAUCAAUACAGUCCUAUAUGAAGUCACUGAUUCACUAAAAUUGUUUUCUAGAAAUGUUCGUCCGUUCAAUGUAUCAAUGAAGUUGUUCAUAAGCUGUUCAUAUGUGUUCAUACUUAUUUUGAAAUAAGUUUAGUUUAGGGCAUAAGUAUCUAAUAAUAAUGAUAUGUUAAUAAGAAUGAUAUGUUAAUAAUAAUGAUGAAAUGUAGAUAAUGCAACAAAUUGUUUCGUUGCCCAGAUGUUGGUGGAUGUGUUUGCUCCUGAGUUUCGUAACCCUAAAAACAUGCACCUGAGAAACUUUUUUGUCAUCCUGCCACCACUGGUAAGUUAGUCGGCCAUUGUUGUCAUUGGUUGAAUCCUUUGCUUGACCCUUGCAGUAUCGUAGCGUCCAUUAAGAAAUUACCUCUAGUGCCAGGCAAAGGGAAAUAACUCUAUAAGUUACUGACUUAAAAAAUAAUUUAGUAAAAAUCAAUCUUUCAUCCAGUCAUAAAAAGAAAUUGCUGAUAAUUUUAGAGAAAUGAUGAAAUUUUAAUUAAAAAAAGGUCAACAUUAGGACCGGUUACACUGAAAAAUUCUUCAAUAUAAAUGGAACACAACUGGUUAGACCAAUCAGUUGAUUCAGAUCUGUCAACAUUGUCUUCAUCUUCUGACCCAUAUGUGACAUGAAAAUGUUAAACUAAUUCAAUAUCAAAAUCACUUCAUUAUCGACUUCUGCAUCUAUGUCUGCAUCAUAUUGGAAACCGUUGAUACUAAAAGCCGACUUACUCGCAGUUAGAAACGAUCUAGGAGGGCAUACGCCACUAAGCUUACAGCUACUGUCAAACAAAGUAAUAUUUUUAAAAAACAUCAAAAGUAGCUCAAAAUCAAGGUCACAGCCACCAAACUCCACCAAAGAAAAGGUUGACACUUCAUGUUAAUAAAUUGGCUCUUUUUAACUCCUUAUUAAGAAGAGUUACCUUCAUUAGGCUAAGUUGAAAAUGGUAUGUUAUUUACUACAGUUUACAGCAGGGUCAGGCUGUAAAGAGACUGAGGUGUAAGGGCCUGAAAGCUAUUACAGACUCAAAGGUUUCAUUGAACAAAAAUUAUUUUAAUGACCUUUGUAUAUCCAUAACUAGUUUAAUGAUCAGAUAAGUUACAUUACUGAAGAUGAACAUGUUUGAGGAUAAUGCUUUAACAAUGUAGAUGGUAACUUAAUAAUCUAACAAUAUAUUUCCACAGACCAUCAACUUUGUUGAACAUUCCAUCAGCUGUAAGGAGAAGAUGAACAGGAAAAACAAAGUUGGUGCUGCCUUCACUGAUGAUGGUUUUGCCAUGGGUUAGUCAAACCUGGGUCAAGAUUAGAAAUCAGAGACUAAUUUAAGAUCUAUUAGUUAUAGGGUUUGUUAAAACUCAUAUUUUAGUUUAAUUAUGCUCCCUACCAGAGGCCCAAAACAAUUUUUGUUACAGAUUUUUGUAAUUAUGGAAAAUAACUCCAACCCAAUAUGCUUACAUGAGUUAGUGGUCCUUAGUUAUGCAUCACCACUCUUGCAUGUUUAUUACAUUAUCUGUGAUGUAUAUACAAAUAUACACAUAUUCACUUGCUAUUACUUGUAGGAGUUGCUUACAUCCUGAAGUUGCUGGACCAGUAUUAUGAGUUUGAUUCACUCCACUGGUUCCAGUCAGUCAGAGACAAGUUUAAAAAAGACAAGGUGAGUCUGUUAUUGGCCCACCUUUUGAUCUAUUUCUCAAAUCUGACAAUUUUGUUUUUGUGAGUUAGUCUCAAGAUAUUCAUGAAACUAAAAGAAGAAUAAAAACUUAGAGAAAAGUGGACAUUGAUAUUAGAUUUAUUUGUUUAGUUGUCAGAAACAUUGGUCAUUUAUAAUAUUAAUAGAUAAAAGUUUGUUUGUUGCGUUAAGUUAAAAAAAAAUACAUUGUGUGGAUAAAUGUUUACAAAAUGUUUGGAAUUUUUGGUCUUGUUUGACUGUUUUCUCGUGUGUUAAAAUAAAGAGCAAACAUGCUGGAGAUAGUACUUAUUAAGCCAAUAAUUGAAUGAUGUUUGUGUUCAAGGAGCAAGUGUUGAAACAAACUGGCAACAGAUCAGAUGAAAAACUCCAACAAACAACUUCACUGACGGUGAAAAGGCUAGAGCAAUAUUUACAAGUAAAUCAGUUUUUUUCAUUAAUUUUAUGAAUAGUGUUGAACUGAUUUAGAGUAUAAAUUAAAUUAUUGUGUUAAACACACUCCUGCUUAACUGAUUAUCUACCUGAUUGAAAAACCGCUGUGGCCAAAUUAAAUCUAGGUCACAUUUUCUCAUUUUAGGUGUAUGCACAAAUUCAGCUGCAGUUUUCUUGAUUAUAAACAUAUUCUAAUAAGUUUCUAGGUAAUAUAAUUGUCUAUAAGAUAAACUUAAAACAUUGGUAAAGUUAAGUUUUUUAGGAAAUUAUUAAUUGUUAAAUUAGUAUUUACAACAGAAAAACUAUUAAAAAAUAUAUAAAUUGCCAAUUUACGUAUAAAUUUUAAAUUUCUAAAUCAUUUAAAGCCUUUUAUUUUGUGGUUCCCAAAUAGUAUAUCCAAUAAUAAGAAAAAUGCACCAAAGAACACAGAAAUUGAAUAAUAUUUACACUUCCAAUCACUUAUAUGCCUUUAGUAACCCUGCCACUUGUUGCCACUGUAAACAAGUAGUAACAUUUUGGAACUAGCUUGGAAAUUAAAUCAAAAUUAUUUAAUAGCUAGUUUUCUUAAAACAUUCUGCCGAUAGAAUGUGGCUUGAAUAUAAACAUCCUAUCGGUUAAUUAAAAUCUUCAAGCAAAACGGGAAUGGAAUAAUAUAAAUAUUGGACUUGAUUUACUACGAUACAAACCUUGGCGUUACCAGCGGCUCAUGGCCAUAACGGAAGAAACGCUGAGCCGCUCCCAGCGUCUCAUGGUAGUUAACCAGUUAACCUACUUUUUUUGUACACCUUUACUUCUGCUUAAGCAUAGGGGGUAAUUUCUUUAGAAAACAAGCAUAUUAAAAAAAAUACAAAAUACAAAAAUUGAAAUGUUUAUUUUUUAUAUUUAGCAUAAAUAUGAUUGAAAUUUAAUAAUCAAGAUAAAAAUUAGAUUAAAAAAAUUUCUAAUGAACUUCCAAUACUUGUAACUUAAAGAAAGAAGGUUAACACAUUCUUCAGAAAGAAGAGCAAAGUUUUCACAAGAAUAACAGUCAAUUUUAACCAUUAGGCUCGUAGACACCUUAACAAGCAUAAGGGGCAGUUGUUUAAAGUGCAUAUAGGAAAAUGGGUCGAGAUCUGGAAGUUUGUUCUACAAGAAUGGUUACACACAAACUCAAUAGGUCAAAUCUUAAGUUCAAAAUAGUCCAAAUAGUACCAGUAUUUCUGUAUUGAUGUCCAUUAAAAUUCUGGAUAAUAAUAAUAAUUUGCUUUGCAUACCUCAUUGAUUAUUCAAUAAUAAUUUUAAAUAAGGUAAAACAAAUAAUUCUGUAUCUUCGGUAUAGACACUUUGUUUCACUGAUUACUCCCCACGUACCACCUGAUCUGUUUAAUGAUCAUGCCCCACAUACCAUCUGAUUUGUUUAAUGAUUACUCCUCACAUACCAUCUGAUCUGUGCUUUCUAGGAAUAUGAGCUACUGUUCUACUCACUCAGCAGUGCCAGGAUCUUUUUCAGAGCUGACCUAACAGCAGAGGAGGAGAAGCAGGACACAGUCACCAAGGACAAAGGUAAUCUCUCUUGAAAUCUCACAGUCACCAAGGACAAAGGUAAUCUCUCUUGAAAUCUGACCAAUUUCACAAUUGUUAUUUGUUGACUAAAGUAAAUGUAAAUUGUUGGCUGAUGAGAAGAAGAAGACAGGAAACUUUCAAGCCACCAACAACUUGCUUUUUUAUUUUAAGGGGGUAAUAAGGGGAGAGAUUGUAAUCAGGUUGGCACAAUAUAACAUGAGUAAAACAAAGUAGGGUUAAACCUGAAAAAAUAAACGCAACAAAACAGCGAACGUGUCGGCAGAAAGCCUUCGUCAGCGAACAAAACAACAGAAAAAUAAAUUGAUCGUGGGCCCUUAAGAUAUAGAAGAAUAAAAAAAAAAAAAAAAAAAAAAAAGGAGAAAAAAAAAAAAAAAAAAAAAAAAAAAAAAACAAAAAAAAAAAAUAAUAGGGGGCCAUUAAAAAAAAAAAAAAAAAAAAAAAAAAAAAAAAAAAAAACGGUAUAAGAAUAAAAAUAAAAAAUAUUAAAUAUAGCACUUAGCUUAGAAGUAGAAUCCAUGGGCAGUAAAAGAAAUGUGACAAAAAUUAAGUGAGUGAGAGAUAAAAUAGGGAAGAGCGAAAGAAAAGAGGAUAAGAAAGUCCACUGCGAUAGGUUGGGAUGUGGAGGGGCGGAGCUCGGUUCAAGCUGUGAAAAGAGACAUGACAUUCAUUCCAUGUGGCGUCAUUCGUCCCAUUAUGGCACAUUCUGCUGACACAUUCGUUGUUUUGUUGGGUUCCUUUUUUCAGGUUUAACCCCACUUUCCUUUACUCAUUUUAUACUGUUUUAUUUUAGCUACUUUUCUCUUUGUUAGUUUAGAAAAAUAAAGAUUUGAUUAUACCCCAGCUCAUUUUACAAAUAUCAAAUUAGAUUUUGAUUAUACCCCAGCUCAUUUUACAAAUAUCAAAAUAGAUUUUGAUUAUACCCCAGCUCAUUUUACAAAUAUCAAAUUAGAUUUUGAUUAUACCCCAGCUCAUUUUACAAAUAUCAAAUUAGAUUUUGAUUAUACCCCAGCUCAUUUUACAAAUAUCAAAUUAGAUUUUGAUUAUACCCCAGCUCAUUUUACAAAUAUCAAAUUAGAUUUUGAUUAUACCCCAGCUCAUUUUACAAAUAUCAAAUUAGAUUUUGAUUAUACCCCAGCUCAUUUUACAAAUAUCAAAUUAGAUUUUGAUUAUACCCCAGCUCAUUUUACAAAUAUCAAAUUAGAUUUUGAUUAUACCCCAGCUCAUUUUACAAAUAUCAAAUUAGAUUUUGAUUAUACCCCAGCUCAUUUUACAAAUAUCAAAUUAGAUUUUGAUUAUACCCCAGCUCAUUUUACAAAUAUCAAAUUAGAUUUUGAUUAUACCCCAGCUCAUUUUACAAAUAUCAAAUUAGAUUUUGAUUAUACCCCAGCUCAUUUUACAAAUAUCAAAUUAGAUUUUGAUUAUACCNUUCCCCCCCCCCCCCCCGCUCCAUGAAAGAGAGACUUAUUUGAUUGUUGCUGUGAUUCUCAGUGCUACAUAGCAGUGUUACAUAGGGUCUCAAAGUUUAUAAAUAUGUUUACAGUUUUUGUUUCUAUUUGUGGAAUGAAAUUGAAAUCAUGAGACUUAUGUUUGAUACAAUUGCAUGUUGCCAUGUGUUCUUCAGCUUAUUUAAAAAACAGAAAGAACACUUAUCAACAUCAUACACCCAAUGAGUGUCAGACACUUUAAAUGUAAAAAAAAUAAAUUAACAAAGUUCUACUUACAAUUUAUAGUAGGUCCCAUGUUCUUACACAAAAGUCUAUUUUCAUAUUGUGUUUUUAAAGUUUUGUUAGAAAAAAGAAAAUUGUGAGGCUAUUUAAGCUACCAGAAUUCAUGUCAUCCGUCUGAAAGAAACACUAAGAGAUCAUAAACUUAUGUCACUAAGGAUCAUACACUUAUGUCACUAAGGGAUCAUACACUUAUGUCACUAAGAGAUCAUAAACUUAUGUCACUAAGGGAUCAUAAACUUAUGUCAUAAGGGAUCAUAAACUUAUGUCACUAAGGGAUUAUAAACUUAUGUCAUAAGGGAUCAUAAACUUAUGUCACUAAGGGAUCAUAAACUUAUGAAAUAAGGCUACAUUUCAGAAUAUGCAGUGCUGUCCCAUUUAAAUUCUUGACUUUCUUUAAUUAUAAAAUAUUUUAUGCGGCCAUUUCUGACAGGUCAUAGUCUUGUAGUGGGACAGGUCAUAGUCUUGUGGCUGGACAGGUCAUAGUAUUAUGGUGGGACAGGUUAUAGUCUUGUAGCUGUCAGGUCAUAGUCUUGUAGUAGGACAGUUAAUAGUCUUGUAGUGGGAAAGGUCAUAAUCUUGGAGUGGGGCAUGUCAUAGUCUUGUAGUGGGACAGGUCAUAGUCCUGUAGUAGGACAGGUUAUAGUUUUGUAGUGGGACAUAUCAUGGUCUUGUAAUGGGACAGGUCUUAGUUUUGUAGUGGGACAGGUCAUAGUCUUGUUGUCGGAUAUAUUAUAGUCUUUUAGUGGGGCCGGUCAUUGUCUUGUAGUAGACAAUUCAUAAUUUUGUAGUGGGACAGGUCAUAGUCCUGUGAGACAGGUCAUCAUUGUUUUGUAGUGUGACAGGUCAUAGUCUUGUAGUGGGAUAUAAUUGUCUUGAUAUUUUUUGCUUAUUUCCUGCCCCUUUCUUAAAAUCUGCAAACUUACCUCCCCAUGUCAUUGCGUUGACCAUUGUGUUUUAUAUAUAUACCUUUUUUCUGUUUGAUUGUUACCAUGCAGCUUCUUGAAGGUAUGUUUAAGCUUUCAACUUUUUUUCUCUAUGCAUGACACGUAAAUCCUUUAAAAAAAAUAUAAUAAAUAAUCAGUUAUAAAUAAUCAGUUUACUAUCAAUCUUUAUUUGUUUUCUUGCUUCAAGGGUAAAUGCUUUGCUUGUAAAAAAUGUAAUUUUUAAACUUUGUUUAAAUUAGCAGUUUGUCACAGUGCACAUUUGCAAGCUUAAUAUUGACGUUAAUUUUGUGAUUUUUAAAAUACAGUUUUUACCAUAAAGUUUAGCACACAAGUAGUAUUACAUGGAUCAUUUGAUGUAGACAAAAUAUUUACUUCUACAAAGAUUCCAUAUGUACAGAUACAAAACGGUAUGAGGUUAAACUGAUCAACAAAAUGGCUAUAUGAGGUUAAAAAUGCCAGUCAAUAAUACACCUAUAAUUAUUUAAAUUAAACUAAAUAAAUAAUGACCACAAUCUCUUUUAGAAUUUAAGAAUCGGUUUUCUAAAGGUAAAUAACAUUUUAAAAAAAGGAACUAUUAAAAAGCUAAAACUGAUGCAUUCUUUCUCUCUUAGUUACUUUAAAAAAAACAAUUUUCAUACACUUUAUGCUGGACACUACACUAAUCUUUCAAAUAGAGUUUGAACUUUUCACCAACAUGUUUGAAAAUUAUACACAUAAAUAUUUGAAUUGACUUUUGCUUUUUUGAAAACUUCUGCAUUUUGCAUGUUCAGGAAAAUGUUGACUUAUUUUUUAAAAAUUUAAAUAACUGCUUUCAUAACAGUUUAAAUAUGUACUAAAUAUGGUGUCACCCAUGAACAUUUAAGAUAAGAUGAAAUGUUGUUGAUGACAUACAAAACAACCUGCCCUGUACUAAGAUAUUGACCUUUUGAUACUUGGAAAACCUUUAAAAAAUGUUAAGUAUUGAUGUAAUCAAGGGCAGAAGCUAUAGUUAAGUAUUGAUGUCAUCAAGGGCAGAAGCUAUAGUUAGUAUUGAUGUCAUCAAGGGCAGAAGCUAUAGUUAAGUAUUGAUGUCAUCAAGGGCAGAAGCUAUAGUUAAGUAUUGAUGUCAUCAAUGGCAGAAGCUAUAGUUAAGUAUUAAUGUCAUCAAGGGCAGAAGCUAUAGUUAAGUAUUGAUGUCAUCAAGGGCAGAAGCUAUAGUUAAGUAUUGAUGUCAUCAAGGGCAGAAGCUAUAGUUAAGCAUUGAUGUCAUCAAGGGCAGAAGCUAUAGUUAAGUAUUGAUGUCAUCAAGGGCAGAAGCUAUAGUUAAGUAUUGAUGUCAUCAAUGGCAGAAGCUAUAGUUAAGUAUUAAUGUCAUCAAGGGCAGAAGCUAUAGUUAAGUAUUGAUGUCAUCAAGGGCAGAAGCUAUAGUUAAGUAUUAAUGUCAUCAAGGGCAGAAGCUAUAGUUAAGUAUUGAUGUCAUCAAGGGCAGAAGCUAUAGUUAAGUAUUAAUGUCAUCAAGGGCAGAAGCUAUAGUUCAGUAUUGAUGUCAUCAAGGGCAGAAGCUAUAGUUAGUAUUGAUGUCAUCAAGGGCAGAAGCUAUAGUUAGUAUUGAUGUCAUCAAGGGCAGAAGCUAUAGUUAAGUAUUGAUGUCAUCAAGGGCAGAAGCUAUAGUUAAGUAUUGAUGUCAUCAAGGGCAGAAGCUAUAGUUAAGUAUUGAUGUCAUCAAGGGCAGAAGCUUAAGUUUAAUAUUUGAGCCUAUUAGCUUGUAGUAUCAUUAUAUUUCAAUUUUCUAUUAUUGAAUAUUUAAUUUUUAAUUACUUUUUUUCCCAAACAAUUUUAUAUCUUAAUAGUGAAGAGCACAUAUUAGUAAAAUAACUUUGAGGAUCUAGGAUUAACUGUGAUUAAAUAUUUUCUAUAAUUUUUAUACUAAUUUUAAGAUAAGUUGAACUAAUAUGACUGCUAAAAAUGUCCAUUCUUUUUCUUUGCAUUGUAAUAAAAGUUUUGGCUGACAGAUAAUAUGCACUCUUCUUCUAAUGUAGCUUACAUAUAUAUUUUUCUUGUUUUUCUGUUCUAAAGAGCUUUGUUCAAAACUUAUCAAUUUUAUGAAAAUUCACACAGAUCAUUGUAUAAACAUGGCAUCUUCUGUACAUGUCAUCAGAAACAUAAAAUUCAAACGAAAAGUUACUGUUCAUUAAUUAUAGUGUUUUUACAUAAAAAAUGUGAUAAUUUGUAGCAAACAUUGGUUGUAAAAGGUUAAUGUAAGGCCCUUCGUAUUGUUUGUUGAUUAUAUUUUUUUACAUUCUAAAAUACAUUUAUUUUAGGUGCAGCACCAUCUCAGCCAUCAGCAGUUCCUCCUCCUCCUGGACCACCGCCACCACCAGGACCACCACCUCCACCAGGACCACCACCACCACCACCAUCUGGAGGUCCUCCACCCCCUCCACCACCCCCUCCACCACCUCCACCACCACCACUACCCCCUCCAAUGUGAGUUCUAAAGGUGGAAUCCUUAAACCAAGAUGUCCUUCACUUCCUAGGAGAAAAAAACAGGGUCAUGUUUAUCACUAGUGUUGUCUAUGGAUAUCACAAACAUUCUUGACAAAGAAAACUAACAUUAGAAAUUGAAACUCCUUUCAUUUACAGUUUUUUUUUUAAAUUUAGUUUUUUUACCUCUGCGUUUUACAUGUAGGCCCUAAUAAGUAUUUCUUUAAAAGGGCCUAUUCUCUAAAUGUUAUCAUUAAUAUGUAGGAGAUUAUUAGUUUGAUUAGAAAAUGAAAGAAAUGCAUUUAAUUAAAUUGUGGGAUCAAGCAAGAAACUUUGAUCUCUAGUAGCAGUAUUAUCAUCAGUCCUGGCAUGCAUAUGGAAGAAAUCUUACUUAGCUGUAAAGAACUUGAUUUAUCAUCCCUUUCCUGAUUUUACAAGUGGCAUUCUUCUGGUCACUUUUAUAGCAGACCUGUUUACUCUUACGAUUUUGGCGUACAAUGUACGAUUUUGAGGUGUAAACAUAUAUAGGCCUACUGUAUGCAUAUUUUUUUACUCUAAAUAUAAGGUAUUGAACGAUUUUGUGAUGAUAUUGAACGAUUUUAAGAGUUUGAGGGUAAACAGGUCUGUUAUAGCAACCUGUUCAGAGUAGGCCUAUAACAUCACACUAUUAAGGCUACAUGGUCUGGUGAACAAGUUUUCUUCAGGAGAAAGUCAUGUCAUUUUUGUUUUUCUUCUUCAUUUGGGUAGCAAGAGGUCAAAUAGUUUCAACACUAAUGCAGCUGUCUUGCUAUAGAAUGGACUAGGUAAAAGUUAUCUCAUAAAUAAACCAAGGAAAAAAUAAGUGGUGAGAACAAUGAAGCGAUUCAAUAAACAGAAAACUUGUUUGAUAAGAUUUACAAUUGGUUUCGAUGUAACCUUUCAUGUUGAAAACUCCAUGUGGGUCAAAAGUUGUUGAUUUUAUUUUGUUUCAGUUUUAUUUCUUUAACUACUUGAAAAAUAAUUUUUGUUAAUUUCAGAAAAAUAAAUAUUUUAUUUGUAAUAAAGCUAAUUAUUAAUUGAUUCAUAUAUAAAAUUAAAAAAUAAUAAAACCUAUGUUUCUCUUUUUGUUUGUUUUUAAAAUGCACCACUAAUUAUAUCAGAAAUAAAAAUGACAAAGUUGCAUCAAUAAAAAGAUUAAUUAUUGAAGUCGGUGUCCAACCAUGACGUUUCUUGUUUUGGUUAUUGGUAUAGAUCAAAUUGUGUUACUGUAAUGUUGUAUGUUAAUAGUUGAUAGCAAUCAUGUUGCUGAUAUUAAAGUCAACGUUUCUGCUUUAAGCUGUGUUACCACUUACUUGAUCUUCUCUUUGUUUGUUAGUGAUAUGAGGG